AUGAGUUCAAAUAAAUUCAAGAUCUGUGGUGUCGGCGCUGGUAUCUUAGGUGUGCCGAUAUGCUCUGUGAUUGCAUCUAAGUGUCCCGAGUUCUCCGUAAGCGUUGUCGACAAUGACAAGGCCAUCAUUGAUCAGUGGAAUAAGGGAUCUGAACAUCCAAUUACCGAGGCAAAUUUAUAUUCACUCUUCCUGCAACUCUUUCCCGGUCUUGAAAAUCUUCUUAAAGAGUGUCUUGGUAAAAAUUUGUCCAUCUCCUCAGAUGUGGAUACUUAUCUCAAAGAUGCAGAUAUUAUUCUAAUUUGUGUCAAAACGCCUACGAAGUCGCUUGGGUUUGGCCGUGGCAGGGCUGCAGAUCUUGGUAGUAUCGAAGAGGUCGCAAGGCAAAUAGUCUCUUCAUGCACCUCUUCAGCGAUUGUGGUUGUCCAGAGUACUGUGCCAAUAGGAGCCACUGAUCUCAUCGUCAGCAUUUUCAAUGCUAAUAAGAAGGUUAGAGCAAUUUUUACUUGCCUUCAAAUUACUAUUUUAAGAAAGAAGCAAAAUCCCUCCAAUUUCGUCGUUAUCUCCAAUCCCCAAUUCGUCUCAGAAGGCGGUGUCACUGAGAGUAUCUUGAACCCAGAUCGUGUCAUACUCGGUGGAGAGCCUAACGCACCUUCUCAGAAGGCUCUUGCUAUUAUCUCCUCCAUCUAUGAACGCUGGGUCCCACGUGAUAAGAUACUCACAAUGUCGACAAAGUCUGCAGAAGUUAGCAAACUAGUGACCAAUGCUUUCCUUGCUCAAAGGGUGAGUAGUAUCAAUGCGAUUGCCAGUAUCUGCGAGGAAACUGCCGCUGAUGUGCGUCAAGUUGCCGGUGCUGUUGGUUGGGACUCUCGUAUCGGUCCGCACUUCCUUGAAGCUGGACUGGGAUUCGGUGGAAAUACUCUGCCUGCAGAUCUCCACCGCCUUGUUUACACCUGCGAAUCAUUGGACUUGCCAACCGUGGCUGCUUACUGGAAUUCUAUUCUAAGCGUGAAUGAGUAUCAGAUCUCGCGAUUUUUCCGAAAGAUCACUGCCCACUACUGCGAGACCCUUCGUGGCAAGAAGUUGGCCAUUCUUGGAUGCGCUUUCAAGAAAGGAACUCCAGACGUCAAAAAUAGUCCGGCAGUUUUCAUCUGCUGUCGAUUGUUGUUAGAAGACGCACUAGUCGCUGUUUAUGAUCCUCUAUCAAAAAUGGACUUCCUUGCAGAUGCGAUCAUAGAAACAUUAGGCCAGGAACCUGCAAACCUUGAUAAUAUAAUUUGGUGUGAGACACCAAUGGAAGCCGCUUCAAACUCCGAUGGAAUCAUUGUGUGCACCGACUGUGAUGAAUUCAAGACUCUUGAUUACAAAGCAGUGUAUGAUUCCAUGCGAAAACCCGCCUCUUUCUUCGAUGGACGUCUAGUUGCUCCACACAGUGAAUUGAAGGAGAUUGGAUUUCGUGUGGAGGCUCUCGGUCUAAAAAUGCAAUGA